AUGUACUGGAAGAGUACCGAGCUGUUGGUGUGUCACAUGGAAGGCAAAGGGAACUAUACGGCUGGUGCGCGCUUGCAGAAGACUAAUUCUGACCGGGUUGUUAAAGAGGAUUCCUGUUCCCCAGUCACUUCGGCCUCGCCUUCCUUGUCUCCACAGUCGAUGAUCUCCUCCAGAACCGGGAGAAAUACCUGCAGUAGCUGCGGGCUGGAAAUAGUGGAUCGAUACCUCUUGAAGGUGAACGAGCUAUGUUGGCACGUCCGGUGUUUGGCUUGUAGCGUUUGCAAAACCUCUCUGGGCCGGCACACCAGCUGUUACAUAAAGGACCAAGAAAUAUUCUGCAAACUGGAUUAUUUCAGGCGGUAUGGAACCCGGUGCUCUCGCUGUGGCAGGCACAUCCAUUCAACAGACUGGGUCCGAAGGGCCAAGGGCAAUGUUUAUCACCUGGCGUGCUUUGCUUGCUUCUCUUGCAAGAGGCAGCUGUCCACCGGGGAAGAGUUCGCUCUUGUGGAAGAGAAAGUCCUCUGUCGGAUACACUAUGAUUGUAUGUUGGACAACCUCAAAAGGGCAGCUGAAAAUGGGAAUGGAGUAACUGUGGAAGGAGCAUUACCAACGGAACAAGAUGUGAUUCAACCCAAGCCAACAAAACGAGCACGGACCAGCUUCACAGCUGAUCAGCUCCAGAUAAUGCAAGCACAAUUUUCACAAGACAACAAUCCAGAUGCACAAACACUCCAAAAACUUGCAGACAGAACUGGUUUAAGCAGGCGUGUAAUACAGGUUUGGUUUCAGAACUGCAGAGCACGUCAUAAGAAGAACGUGAGUCCGAACCAUCUGUCGACAGCCCCAGUGACAGGAGCACAACAGGAGAGAGUCUCACCACCGAUGCUGGACGAAAUGACCUACUCUGCAUACGUAGCACCAGAUGGGCAGAUGUUGACUGCCUUGCACACCUACAUGGAAACUCACUCACCAACAUCACUGGGACUUCGACCUCUUCCAUCUCGUGCAAUGACGCAACUUCCCAUUGGCCAUGCUUGACUUCCUUCAAUCAGAAAUUGAUUUU